AUGAAGACACCUGCUGCAGCUCUUGGUGAGGAGCAGGCACCCGAAACGAAGACGAAGGAGGCGACUGGAGCGGAGAACACGCCUGCUCAAGAUUUGGAAGAAGCUGCAACGUCACCACCUUCUGUGCCGGCCACUGAGAUACCGCCUGAGCCGCGGCUGUAUCCGCCAGAUGUGGGUGGGAAUGCUGUGCACUUUCAGCCAAAGGACUUCCGCCAAGGCCUCGCCGCUGUGAAGCUUCUCUGGAGUCAAGCAUGGAAAACGGCAGGCUCGGUGGCUGCCUUUGACCGUCUCUUGGCGGCCCUGACUCCACCGGCGCUCCCGGUCGCGAGGGCGCUGAGGCCCUCCCUGAAGCGAGGCGCCGUCUUCGACUGUUCCCUGUCGGGGCCAGCCUGGGAGGAGCUGGACAAGUGGGCAGUUAGAGCGGAUGCCGUCCUUCCUCGAUCGAAAACGCCGGCGAGGGCACGGCGUCCCAAAGAGGUUCCGCAGCCUUGGGAGCACACUCUGCGGCCAGGAUUCCAGGAAGAGCCCACAAGACUCACAAAGUUUGGCCGCCUCGCGUGGAGCCGAGAUUUCGCAUCCAUGGCUUUGACACCCUUGCAUGACGAAGUCAUCAAGCUCGAUAUCGUCCUGCAGGGCAAGGAGCACAGCAUGCGAUACCGGAACUGGUUCCAGAAGCGGCAGGCCGCCCAGCAUCGAUGGGCUGAGAAAGAGGCGCAGAAACUCCAUGGCACCAGGCUGUGGCAGACUGACUGCCCCAAGUGGGUGUGGAAGCCGCUCCCAGCAAAGGUGGUGCGUCUGGACCUCCCGACAAGAAGGCAAGCGAUCAUCGCGGACAGGCGGGCUGCAAAGCGAAAGACCUGGCAGCAGCUCUUCGAUAUUCGAGCUAAUCGGCCGGGAGCGAAGCAGAUCUCACUGGCGUUCUUCACACAUCGCCUGGAGCCCGAGAAAGCCGCAGGUUUCGUCACCAAGUACGGGGACCUGCUCGUCUCAGAGAAGGUGCUACGCGCAGACAGAUCGAGCUUCCAGCCCUGGCGGGAGGAGGCCCAGAUCGUUGCGAAAAGAAAGACGUUCUUGGAGAAGACGACGUGCCCAAUUCAGCGAGAUCUUCUGACCAAGCAGCAGAUGAAGGUCCUCCUGGCCCGUGAGAAGCGGGGUCCGGCAGAGGAAACCUGGCAGAAGUGCUUUCUUGUAAAGUUGCGCCGCUGGCGGAAGGGAACGCUCCAUGAGCGGAGUUGUCUGGCGGCCGACAUCCCGAAGGACUUUUUCUUGCACCGGCUGGAGACUUCGGACGACUUCUUGUCCAAGUUCGGCCGGGCUUUAAUUUCCACUGAUGCCGCAGAAGAGUGA